AUGGCGCUAUUGAAAUCAGGCUGGCUGUGGAGACAGACUUCAAUCUUCAAACGCUGGAAGUUGAACUGGUGUGAUGUGUGGAUAGAUGGAAGUACCGUCUUCUACAAGAGUGACAGCAGAAGAGAAUAUGAGCACCGCAUCAGCCUCAAGACUACAUGUGUAGAUGUCAGAUCUGGCCUGGAGUGUGGAGGCGUGACUCCACCAGACAGCCAUCCCAGAGAAAAUCUAAUUGUGAUUCAACUUCAAGAUGGCUCCACAGUCAAUUUGUGUGCCAACAGUGAGGACGACGCAAUUGCAUGGAAGCUGACUCUGCUAGAAGCCAAAAGAAACCCUGUGUUCACAUAUAACCCGUAUGAUGACUCCUACCAGGCUGUCCCACUCAACGACUACCAUACCAUCUACAUAACACCUGGAGCAGGACCUGGUACCCACCACGUGGUUGUUCACAGGGACCCAUUCGAUGGAAUUGCAGAGCAACUUGCAGUGGGAUUACUGGCUGGCAUGGCAGCGGGAGCAGCGAUGCGUUCCUUCCUGUGGAUGCCCUUCAUUUUCUGCUGAGCACAACACACGACAGCCUCUGUAAAUGCCAUUGACAGACAGACAGAAAUUGAAGUCCUA